CUUCCUUUCAACUCUCUGCCAUCCACGUCGACUGGAGAGUCGAAGGAGAGCACCAAAGAUGUCGUCACUAUCGACCAAGACGGUGCGAUUCAUUUCUGCCAUCUCCAUUGACCUCGCGCCCUUGAGCUCCUCGCAGGCGACCCGAUCGAUGCGCCUCCUCCUCUCCACGCUCCCAACGAAACCACCAGCAGGUGCGACUGCAUUCCCGGCCGUCUCGCUCCGGACGCUUUCAGACGAAAAGGCGCAGAAAGUCUCGGUCACGUACUCGAACAAGCAAAAGGCAGAUGUGAACCCAGAAGGGCUUUCGCUGCGGGAUCUUAUCCGCAAGAUCGAAGAACCCGCAAGAGCUUUGAGGGCGAAAGAGGAGGGCAUCUGAGCCAGUCGGGUCGUCAAUUUCGGCCAGUAGGCGCAGGCAUCAUCACAUGUGUACUUUUAUUACUCUUCAUCAGAGGAAAUCGACAUCGACUAAUUUACAGCUUGACAGCAC